ACCUACUUUCUCUCUUCUGUCUAUCCAUCCAUCUCUCACACACAGAAGAAGAACAUCAUCGAUCAUCGAUCAUCGAUCAUGGCUGUGGAGCUGUUUGAGACUCUAAAAGAAGCCAUAACCACAUACACCGGACUAUCUCCGACAACUUUCUUCACUGUAGUCGCUUUGGGUCUCGCCGUCUACUAUGCCGUCUCCGGUAUUUUCGGCGGAUCUUCCGAUCAUCAUCCACAACACAGACCUAGAUCAUUCGAAGAAGAUAUGCAGCCUCUCCCGCCGCCGGUUCAGCUCGGCGAGAUUUCCGAGGAGGACUUGAAAGCCUACGAUGGCAACGAUCCUAAGAAGCCUCUUCUUAUGGCCAUCAAGGGUCAGAUCUACGAUGUCUCACAAAGCAGGAUGUUUUACGGACCAGGUGGACCUUAUGCGUUGUUUGCAGGGAAGGAUGCUAGUAGAGCUCUUGCCAAAAUGUCAUUUGAAGAAAAAGAUUUGAAUGGUGAUCUCACUGGUCUUGGUGUAUUCGAGCUUGAGGCAUUGCAAGAUUGGGAAUACAAGUUCAUGAGCAAGUAUGUCAAGGUUGGAUCCAUCAAGAACCCAGAAGCUGCACCUGAGCCAUCAACCACUGAUCAGCCACCUGAGCCAUCUGCAGUAGAACCGGCUGAGCCAUCUGCAGCAGCACCGGCUGAGCCAUCUGCAGCAGCACCGGCUGAGCCAUCUGCAGCAGCACCGGCUGAGCCAUCUGCAGCAGAACCUGCUGAGCCGUCGGCAGCGGAACCUGCUCACCAUGUUUCACAGUCUUCAGAAGACCAUGCUCCAUCAGAAACUGCAGCCGUCGAAACCAAAGAAGACACCACAAGUGAAGCCAACAAAACGGAGUGAUUUUCUUUGUGAUGCCUUAAGGAAUGUGUAGUAUAUGGGUGUCCAUGAUCAUGAAUUCUUAUUUUAUAGCUGAGUUAUACCCGUAUUGUUUGGCAUAAGAUGACGAUUAUGAUAAGUUACAUUAUCUUAAUGUUACUAAGUUGUUUUUAAAAUGAAUGAUAUGCAUCCGGCAUCUGGCUUCCUACUA